CAAGCUUUAGCAGCAGAGAGAGGGAUACCAUGAAGUGACAACAACGUUGUCUGGUUAUAACAGCUCCUUGUUUAAGUCGCAGAUGUGGAGCAGAGUAUUGAGUCCUCGUGUGAUUGGUAGAACAUCGGUCUGUUGGAGGAGUCUCUUCACUAUGAAGCUGAAGACCAGUGAGUUCCAGUCUCUGUUCUCGGAUGGGCUGAAUGGACUAGCAGAGGUUUUUGAGAAGCACCAGCAUGAGCUGAGGAUCGCCGGAGGUGCUGUACGAGACCUGCUCUCUGGGAAGCGGCCUGAAGACGUGGACUUUGCCACCACGGCCACUCCAGAGGAGAUGAAGGACAUGUUCCAAAAAGCUGGCAUCAGGAUGAUCAACAACAAAGGAGAGACGCAUGGCACCAUUACAGCAAGACUACACAAUGAGAACUUCGAGGUGACCACGUUGCGUGUGGAUGUCGAGACGGAUGGACGUCAUGCAGAGGUGGAGUUCACCACUGACUGGCAGAAAGACGCUGAGCGGAGAGACCUCACCAUCAAUUCCAUGUUUUUAGGGCUUGAUGGCACAUUAUAUGACUAUUUCAAAGGAUACGAAGACCUGCAGAAUCGUGAAGUUCGAUUUGUUGGCAGCGCUGAACAAAGAAUCCAAGAGGACUACUUGAGAAUACUGCGCUAUUUUAGGUUCUACGGCAGGGUGGCCCUGGAGCCUGACGGCCACGAGGCCGAGACGCUGGCUGCUAUUAAGGAGAACGGUCGGGGACUUGCAGCCAUAUCAGGAGAACGCAUUUGGAUGGAACUGAAGAAGAUGGUUGUUGGUAACCACGCUGCGCAUAUGCUGGAGCUGAUGUACAGUCUGGACCUGGCCCAGUACAUAGGUUUACCUCCAGAUGGCAACGUCGAGGAGAUGAAGCGAGUGUGGCAGAAAGCCAAAGACCGCUCUCCCAAGCCCAUGACGGUCCUGGCUGCUCUCUUCCACCGCCCGGAGGAGGUGGAAAAGAUGGACAUCCGGCUGAAGGUGUCCAGGGAGGAGAAGACUCUGGCUCUGUUCCUGGUCAAACACCGACGGGAGCUCCGCAAGAGCGAAGACGAGCCGGACAGCCUCAAACCCUUCACUGACUUUAUCUUUGACAGCCGGGACCUGGACUCCCAGAGUAAAGUGUGUGAGCUGCUGAAGUAUCAAGGCGAGGACAAGCUGCUGGCAGAGCUCAGCAGGUGGUCCGUCCCUCGCUUCCCCGUCAGCGGUCACGAUCUGAGGAGGCUCGGGGUCACGUCGGGCAAGGAGAUAGGCGCCACCUUACAGAAGCUCCGCGACAUCUGGAAGAAGAGUCAUUACCAGAUGGACAAAGAUGAACUCCUCACUUACAUCAAGUCUUAAUAAAUGAGGAGGAAAGUGGAGGUAAUUGGGCCUCAUUACAGAUAUUGAUUGAGCAGAUUGCUGCAUAUUGUCAAGAAAGGACACUGCAAGAACUGGGAAAUGCGUAGCCGCCGAGGAAUGCAAUUUUGUUCUAAAUAAUCCCAGUGCCACUUUUGUUGUUCUGCGAUGCCAUGUAAAGAGAUCACACACAAUAUCCUCUCUGCAACACAGCUGUAUGAGAACACGUGUACAAUAACCGCCGAUUUCACUGAAUGUGUUACUGCAGAGCUCUGUGCAAAUCCAUUGGCUGAGCAGCUGUUGUGCUCAGUUUCUACAGAAAAUAUGAAUUGUUAAAACAAUAAUGAAAAGCAGAAGUUUGGUUUUUGAUUGUUUUGAUUUUCUCCUCAGUUUAACUGCGGUUGUGAAUCAUUUCUUUGCUGUGUUUUCUGUAAAGAAAAUGUUUAAAAAGAAGGCUGUACCUUUUAUUGAAAAGAGUGACUUUUUUUGUUGUUGAAGUGCAUGCACUGCAGAAUACAAAACUCCAUGUUUACAUCCUCUCCACCUCCAUGUGUUUUGU